AUGCAAGGAUCCGCCGAUGCCAGCGCCGAUGCGGCGUUGGCGAGAAUGGGAUACAAGAGCGAGUUGCCUCGCAAUUUGAGUAUGCUCAGUAUCCUGGGACUCUCGUUCGCGAUUAUGGCGGCCCCGUUCGGUCUCAGCACCACAUUAUACAUCACCCUCACCGAUGGACAAGCCGUGACUGUCAUCUGGGGUUGGGUUCUAGUAACGCUGAUCUCCAUUGCCAUUGCAGCGUCUCUGGCGGAGAUCUGCGCCGUCUACCCCACAGCCGGAGGGGUCUACUAUUGGAGUGCGAUGCUCUCUACGAAGGAAUGGGCGCCGCUGAUGUCCUUUAUCGAUGGCUGGUUGACUCUCGUCGGAAACUGGACUGUCACCUUGAGUAUCAACUUCUCUGGCGGCCAGCUCAUCCUCAGCGCCAUCUCGCUCUGGAACGAGGACUUCGUGCCCAACGAAUGGCAGACGAUUCUCAUGUUUUGGGCGGUGAUGCUGGUCUGCGCGCUGAUUAACAUAUUCGGCUCCAAAUAUCUCGAUCUGAUCAACAAAGUGUGCAUCUAUUGGACUGCGGCCAGUGUCAUCGUCAUCUUGGUGACCCUGUUGACGAUGGCCGACCACCGAAGAAGCGGAGCCUUUGUCUUUGGGCAUUAUGAUGCUUCCAAGAGCGGCUGGCCGAGCGGCUGGGCCUUCUUCGUCGGACUGCUGCAAGCUGCAUACACGCUGACGGGAUACGGUAUGGUUGCUGCAAUGUGCGAGGAGGUGCAGAACCCGCAUCGGGAGGUGCCCAAGGCCAUCGUGCUGUCCGUGGUGGCUGCUGGCAUCACCGGUCUCUUCUACCUCAUCCCGAUCAUGUUUGUUCUUCCUCCCGUCGACCUGCUUCUGAAUGUGGCCAACGGCCAACCGAUCGGUCUCUUAUUCAAGACCGUCACUGGAUCCGCUGGCGGCGGUUUCGGUCUUCUCUUCCUCAUCCUGGGAAUCCUCAUGUUCGCGGGUGUUGGAGCGUUGACGGCCGCCAGUCGCUGCACCUAUGCCUUUGCUCGAGAUGGCGCCAUCCCGGGAUUCCGGCUCUGGCGAAAGGUCGACAAGCGUCUCGACGUUCCGCUCUGGGGCAUCAUCCUCUCCACCCUCGUAGACUGCUUGCUGGGUCUGAUCUAUUUCGGUUCUUCCGCUGCGUUCAACUCCUUCACAGGCGUCGCGACCAUCUGCUUGUCUGCCUCGUAUGGCGUCCCCAUUCUGAUCAAUGUCAUUCGCGGCCGACAGGCAGUGAAGGGAUCAUCGUUCUCGCUUGGCCGAUUUGGAUAUGCGAUUAACAUCGCGACCAUCUGCUGGAUCGUCCUCGCCAUCGUCCUUUUCUGCAUGCCUGUAUCACUGCCCGUCACUGCCUCUAGUAUGAACUAUGCCAGUGUUGUUUUUGCUGGUUUUGCAUUCGUCAGCGCAUUGUGGUACUUGGUCUAUGCGAGGAAGAAGUUCACGGGUCCGCAGGUCGCCACCAACGACCAAGCGAGGGAAGAGGCUGUUACAUCCUUAUCGACAACCCCGUCCCCGGUCCUUCUCCGCCGAGAGUCUGACAACGAGAAUCUAACCGCUCUCUCUAUCUAUCUAGAUCGAGUCUUUGUCCAUGCCCUUAAUACGGUUAAGAAGAUCCCGCGGACAGGCUCCGCAAGGCCGCCGCCGGCGGAUCGGCUGAAGCUAUAUGGAUUGUACAAGCAGAGCAUGGAGGGGGACGUUGAAGGAGUGAUGGACCGCCCCGAAGGGGACAGUGCGGAAGUUCAGGCAGAGCGUCAGAAAUGGGAUGCAUGGUAUUCACAGCGCGGUCUGACACGCACCGAAGCAAAGCGACGCUAUAUCACAACCCUCAUUGAAACGAUGCACCGUUAUGCCUCUCAGACGGCCGAGGCACGGGAACUUAUAUCAGAGCUGGAAUUUGUCUGGGAUCAAAUCAAGUCGAACCCUUCAUCCUCCUCGUCUUCAAGUCCGUUUCGGACAGCAAGUGUGCCGAUGGUGCCACAGAUGCAACAGCCCAAUUACGGUAGUAUUAGCGGACGAUUAGUAGGUUCAAGUCGCGACGAUGAUGAAGAGGACAUGCGGAUAGGUCCGGGUAGGGACUCAAGAUUACGGGUCCUCAGUCCGGUCAGUCAGCCCGAUGAGAUAUACGCGCGGAGGAAUUAUGAUCAAGAGGACGACGAGGAUGAAGAAGAUGAAGAGUAUCAAGAGGCCCGGGAUGGGCCUUACGACGAGGACGAGGAGGAAGAGGAGCAGGAGCAGGAGGAAGACAUCUCAGACGACGCCCUGCGGCAACCUCGAGAAAUCGGGGGCGUAGCAGACAGCAGAGAGAUAUACCACCGUAAAUGGCGGCGACGCGUCGAGCAGGCCUUGACCAAGAUGACCGCUGAAGUUGCCGCGCUGCGUGAACAGAUAGAGACGCAGUCUAUCCACCACCGACGGCGAUCGAAUCUAUGGCGGUGGUUCACCUGGCUCAUCUGGGUCGUCGCACGGCAGAUCCUCUGGGACAUGGCCAUCUUGGCGAGCAUCCUUAUCUGGAUGAGACUCAAAGGUGACCGGAGAGUAGAACACAAACUAAAAGUUGGAUGGGCCGAGGUGAAGAAGCGGCUACUCAGGCUGCGCUUCCUCACACGUCUGCGACGGACACCGUCUCUUCCAUGA